AUGGUUAAAAAAUUUUCAACAGCUUGCGCCGUAGCAAGUACUUUAUCAAUUGCUAUUGGUAUUGCUCUUCUCAUCACAGGAUGCAUCUUUGUCCAUGACACAAGUUCUCUUCGAGCUUCAUGGAAAGAGAUAUAUUCAUUAUCAAUCUAUAAUGUUUUGAUUAGUUUAUUAACUAUUAUCUUUGCAACUAGUCUUUUAUAUGUUGUUAAUCGUAAAUUUCCAGCAUUAACAAUAGUAUUUUCUAUUUUAAUGCUGGUUGUUGUUGUCUUCACUAUAAUAUGUCUUGUUGUUCUUGCUGUUGGUCUUCAUAAUCUUCGACAUCAGACAUAUUAUACUACUGGCCAUCUUCUUCGUAAUUAUUCAGCAUCAAAUGAAGUUAUGCGUUCUCAACAUACUAUUGGACAUAUUCAAGCAGCAUUUGGAUGUUGUGAUGUUAAUCAAGCAACUAAUGAAAAAAAUCAAUUAUAUUAUGAAAGAAAUCCAUCUGACUCGUGUUGUCUUAUAAUAACUACAGAGUUUACCGAAGAUACUGUCAUUGCAAUAAAUAAACACCCUUCAAGCUCUGCUGACAAUACUGUGGUUAGAGAAGAUAAAAUGAAUGUACGUGGUUUUGCUGAGCCUGUUUAUUCUUAUCUUCGCAGACGAUAUAUUACACUUAUUGUUCUGGACGCUUUUCUUAUAACAUUUUUAUUGACUUGUGCCAUACUUGGACUUAUUUCAGAAUAUAAAGAUCGACAACAAUAUGAACUAAUGUGA